AGCUUACAGCCGGUCAUCUUUGCAGCUCCGAUAAACACGAUAAACGCUGCUGUCGGUACUUUUGUAUUUUCUCUCUCUCCCUUUUAGCCUGAAAUCGAACUUGCGUGACUUGAAUCGCCGUGUCGUGUCAGGCGCACGGACCGACUGUUUAGCGUUUUCUAAAGCUAGCUAACGCCAACUAGCGUUGGCUGACGUCGUUGUCGCUCGUAGGAAUUCGAUGUUGUCAUUUUCGCGUCUCUGGUGUCGAUGCUGUUACAUAAUGUGGCGGUAAGCUGUUAGCUUAAUACACGUCUAAUAGCCAUCGUAUAACGUUGCGUCUGUGACUCGCGGACCCGCUACAAACACUCCGGCGGCCCCGUGGUUGGAUUGUUUGUUUACAAUGGGAGUCAGCAGGAUUUACAUUAGCAUCGGCUAUGCUACCUUCGGAACUCUGGUUGGAUUCUCGGCGUUCUUGGUCUGGAACGUAGCGUACAAACAGCCGUGGACGGCGGCCAUGGGAGGCCUGUCGGGUGUUUUGGCCCUCUGGUCACUCGUCACACACAUCAUGUACCUGCAGGACUUCUGGCGUACUUGGCUCAAAGGCCUCAAGUUCUUCAUCACUGUCGGCGUGCUCUUCUCCGUCGUGGCAGUGGCCGCCUUCAUCACCUUCCUGACCCUCGCCAUCAAACAGAAGCAAUCUCCUACUGACCCGAACAGCCUUUAUCUCUCCUGUGUGUGGAGCUUCAUGACUCUCAAAUGGUCCUUCCUCUUGGCCUUAUAUUCCUACAGAUAUCGCCAGGAGUUCGCAGACAUCAGCAUCCUCAGCGACUUUUAGUCUGUACUGAUUUUUUACCCUGCGAUGGACUUUGAGAGGUUUUAGGCAGCCAGAAGGAGCUGGCCAAAGAGCUUUUGUAACAACGAGGCGAAGGAGGAGGAGGAGGAAAAACAAGAAAAGCAGACCUUGCUAGCUUAAGAAGAACCUGACUUUUACCACUUGGAUUUGUGUUGUCACUUGUUCACCUACUUUUACCGACCCAAAUGUUCCUGUAAGUAGUCAUAAGUCUGACCUCCUGACGACCAGCUGCUUUUAAUACAAAUGGCUUGAGGCGUUACACGUAAACACAUGCUGGGUUUUUAAGAAUUUAUCUUGGCGAUGUUUAAUCUUAAAAACGCUAAUACACAUAAUGGAAUCCCCAAUGUAACAGGCUUUUAAUCUAAUGAUAAACUGUGAAAAUGAAAGAGAAAAUACCCCCAAAGCUUAAAAUCCCCAAAACCGAAACUAAAACCUCCCACCUGAAGCCACUAAUCGGGAGGUUGACGCUGUUUGUUGGAGGGCUUGAAUGUUUGUACCCAAAUGAUCCUUUUCAUAGUUUGCAGAUUUGAACAACAGGAUACUUUCAUUACCACAGUCACUGUUUUAGUCAGUCCCUUGGCUCCCUUUGAUAGUUACCCUUUUAUUACUCUCAUUUAAUGUGUUUUGAAGAGAGUAGUUUGUAGUUUAUUUCUUCCUUUUUAUUCCAUAUUUACUUUUAGAAGAACUGAAGAAAAUGCUUUCCUCUGGAAUUUAUCAUUUGUUUCAAAAUAGAGACUUUUUCUAUCAAGAGCUCACUGUAAAAUAAUGACAUUCCUCUUAAGAGAAAACCUAAAUUAGUUGGACAUAUAAUUGCACUUUAGUCUUUAAUAUUGAUGCCAUUGUUUUGCACACAGAUCCUACUACAAUGGAAAUAAUCAGGUUUUACAGUCAUCUCUGUCUCACCAUUUGAAAUUUUUAAUUACACUAUAUGUAAUUAUUUUACAGUUGGCAAGUUAAACUAGGCCUUGUAAGUGGUUUAUAUCCAGCUGUUGCUCAUUUUACCUUCUACGAUAAAAACAUAUUAAACAUCUAUGUUUUUAAAGAAUGAAUGUCAGGAUGUUACAUGUAAAUACCCAAUGAACCAAUUAAAAUUGCAUUUAUUGUUAA